CACAUGCAGGUUUUUGAUAAUUGAUUCUAUGGUACGGUGUUCUUGAUUCCUAUAAGGGGGUAUACUUGAAUUUUUAUCUGGGAAUUUCUUCAUGGAUUUUGACUCGAUUUUUAGUUUUUGGAGUUCUGGUAAAGAUUUUGGUUGUGGGGUUCUAAUUGGUGGAUGUUUGAGAAAGCUUAUGGAUCUUUUUGGUCUGUUAAUUUUGCUUUAUUUUGGAUUGAAGGUUUUGCAAUUUAGUGUUGUGAACUUCAGGUUUUUGACUCAAUUCGUAAAUUGGUUUUGCCUGAGAAACUGUUUUGAUGAAAACUCUGAUCCAAAUAUGUCUAAUUGUAAGUGCGGAUUGGUGAACUUUUUGAAUCUUUCAAGCCCGCCCAUGAUUGAGAAAUGGGAGGUAGUUAAUGAAACUGUAAAUAGGAAGAGAAAUGGUGGUUUUGAUGAAGAACAUGAUGCAGAUAAGCAAGAACAUUAUGAUGAAGAUGAGGUGUUUGAUGUAAUGACUCUGAGAAAGUUGGUUAAGAUAGAAAGGCAGCGAGCCCAUGAUGCUAACCUGGAGCUCGAGAAAGAGCGAAUGGCAUCCACGACUGCAGCUGAGGAGGCAAUGGCGAUGAUUCUGCGGCUUCAGAACGAGAAAAGCGUGCUUGAAAUGGAAUCCCAACAGCAUCGGAGAUUGACCCAUGAAAAACAACUCCAUGAUCAAGAGGUUAUCCAAUCUUUGAGAUGGAUUGUGCUGAAGCACGAAUCAGAAAGAAGCAUACUGGAAGAUCGUUUGAGAUUGUGUCAACAAAGAUUGAAGAUUUAUAUCGAUGAUGAUGAUGAUGAUGGCGUGGAUGGAUGCGAACGGAUUAAUGGAUCUUUAAGUUGCCCUGAUGGUCUUGAUGAAGGGCUGAUUAGUUCUCUUGAUUUGGGCUUGUCACCCUGUUGGUAAGUCUUUAAUUGAUAACAGACUGCUUAAUGAGCUUAAUGGUUGUAUUCAUGAUUCAUAUCGAAAACCAUCACUUGUGCUUGCAAAUAAGUUGUUGAUGUGUCUUGAUCAC